GAAUCCAACAACCUUAUCCUCAAAGGUUCCAACUUGCAAUGCCUCCUGCAUUUGCAGGCUAAAAAUACAGAAAAAUAAGGAAAAGAAAAAAAGGUAGAGAGGCAAAAAAGAAAGGAAAAAAUGGCAUUAUAUUUUCUCCCAACUGCACACCCCUUCUGUGUACCAUCAUCACCCUCUUUGUCAUUGGCAACACAAACACAUCUUUACAACCCCAUCAAUUGUAGUGUGAAAAGGCAAUUAACACUUUGCAAAGCAGUUAAUCAGUCAUCAGUACAUCCUCCAAUUCUGACCAAAAGAGGCUUAUCCAUUAGUUUUCUCACCACUUUUGUGCUUUCAUUUGCUGGUGAGGGUUCUCAUGCUGCUAUUCUUGAAGCAGAUGAUGACGAGGAGCUCUUGGAAAAAGUAAAGAAGGACAGGAAAAAGAGACUUGAAAGACAAGGUGUGAUCAAAUCCUCCACCAAAGAAACAGGGUAUCUUCAGGAUCUGGUAUAUAAACUGAGUGAAGUUGGCAAAGCAAUUGAAAACAAUGAUCUACCUAAAGCCGCUUCUGUCUUUGGGAGUGGCACUGAUACUGAUUGGGUCCAGAAAGCUAACAUAGCUUUGAAUAAGUUGAGUGCCAGUCCUGAAGAAAAGAAUGAGGUUGACACAUUCAAUUCCUCCAUAGCUUCAUUGAUUUCAUCAGUUGCUAAGAAUGAUGUUGAGUCCUCCAAAAUUGCCUUUGUGUCUUCAGCCAGUGCUUUUGAGAAGUGGACCUCCUUGACAGGGCUGAUAGUUCAGCUUAAAGGGCUUUGAUGGAAGCUACAACACAGUUUAUCUCAUCUCAAAAUUUGUUAAAUACGUUAACUUCUCGCCUGGGUCACCUAAUUGGUGUCUUGAUGCAGUCUCAUUUCAGCUUUAUCCAUCACCACUCCAAAAUGCCAACUUACUCAUCAUUCGUUGCUCAAAAUCUUUAGGCUUGAGUGUGAAUAGUCUUGCGCAAAAUUGCAAUUUUGAUGUUGUCGAGAAUUUAACUUAAAUGUUUUUUCUUGUUCAGCAGACAGCACAAAUAAAAGGCUUUCAAGUUGUUGUAGGAAGAUCAAAAUUAAAUUGUGGUUUGGGUCAAAUACAGAACCAUUCUUUGAUUAUUUUGUUAUGCAGUGCACCAUCUUCACUUUUACCACCCCUUGUUUGGCCAAUAAAAGAGCAGAAAAAUUCGCCGAGA